CAAGAAUCUGCCGACGCUUCUGUUUGGUUCUGAAUUCUUCGUCAACACCCCUGGCCUACCGUCGCAUUAGCUUCUUUUGACAAUGGGCCAGGGUCAGAUCUCUUGGGUGCGGGCACCAUGUAACUGAAUUUUUUCUUUUUUGCUACGGCAGCAGCGCUGACCCCGGGUUUAACUUUUUGCUGUUCUGUUUUUUUCUUCAAAGCCGCCAUUUCAGUGAAAAAAAAAAAGAAACAUAUAAAGUUUGCAUCAGACGCUGAUGGCACCAGAAAACGCAGCGUAUUUUGCACAGGACCGUGUCAUCGCUGGACGCUGUUGCGCGCGUAAGGCUACCUACUUACGACAGGAUAUGGUGCGAGUCACAGCAAACCUGAAGCAUCUCCGGCUACCUGCCUACCGCCUUGGUCUGUCUCAUGUAAAGGUGAACGUAGAAAUAGAAUACUUUGUUGCAAAGCUCAAUCAGCGCAGGUUUGGUUUGCAUCCAAUUGAGCAGCCACGACUACGCCUGCAGAUUGCCGCAUUCCUGGCGACACACCUUCGUUAUCAGUAUAAGUGGCAGAAGCUCUGAGUGGUGUAUUUUUUAUCGAUCAAGAAUUUGUUGGGAGCCGAGGGAGAGGUCGCCUAUUUACGGUGUUUCUGAAUAGUGCGUUGUAAAAUAAAGUGUACUGGCGUAGUUCCCCCUUUGUGGUACUCGAGUUGAAAUCUGGACGUUCUUGGAGCUGCCAGCGCCCUGUGAUAAAAGCAAAGCUGGCGCAUUGGCGGUGAUUCCCUACCGCCUACUCUGGUGAUGCAGGGCAGUCAAGUUUGGCGUACGCCCUGCGCCAAAGGGAUUAGCAGGGCUCAUCAGCCUCAGCACAAACUCACCUCGAGUUCAGCGGGCGCGCCCCGCUUAGCUGGCUCGCCUGGCUGGCGCUACUGCUGCUAUUACUACGUACUGCUGCAAGCCCGCCCGCAGCGCCAUGCCACAGCCCGCCCUCUGACCGCUGUGACUCGCGUUCACGCAGGCAGCAGCGCUCUGUGGAGAAGCGCCUAGAGCGUAAACUGUGCCUGGCCAUGAGCCUCUUCACAGAGUUGCCUGGCCGCGUGAGUUUGCGUUGAAUCUAAAAAAAUCCUCGUUAAAAGCUUGUCUCUUCUCUUCUAUAAAUACAAACACUUUUUUCUACCCACUAGUGUCACUUCACUCUCUUCUACACUUUCGAUUGUUCACUGCUCGCAAUACCCACGCCCGUGCAACAUAUUAAGUUAGCCUUCGCAAAAAAAGCCUAUCCACAAGCACUAUAAUCGGACUAGCAGCGCUCGAGCCUGUCACAGUUCCAGCGCCUUCCUCCGAGCACCCCGCACACGUCCUCUCCCUCGCCGGCUGACUUCGCCUCUGGCUUGAUCUUGACCCUUUGCAUCACCACAACACCCCGUCAUCACCAAACCACCCUACUCCCAAAACAACAUGACCGACUCUACAGUCUCCAAGGUCUGGCUGGCCUCCAACGACAGCGCCGUCAUCGAAGUUGACCGCAUUGUUGCCGAGCGCUCUAUGCUCAUCAAGAACAUGCUGGAAGAUGUCGGCGACGAGAUGAUCCGCCAGGAUAACCCCAUUCCCAUCCCCAACGUCAAUGAGGCCGUCUUGCGCAAGGUUAUCGAGUGGUGUGACCACCACCGCAACGAUCCCCCCCAGGCUCAGGACGAUGAAUCUGAUGCCCGUCGCCGUACUAUGGAUAUUGAGGAGUGGGACCAAAAGUUCAUGCAGGUUGACCAGGAAAUGCUCUUUGAAAUCAUCUUGGCUUCGAACUACCUCGAUAUCAAGCCUCUCCUCGAUGUUGGUUGCAAGACCGUCGCCAACAUGAUCAAGGGCAAGUCGCCUGAGGAGAUCCGCAAAACCUUCAACAUCACCAACGAUUUCACCCCUGAUGAGGAGGAGCAAAUCCGCAGAGAGAACGAGUGGGCUGAGGACCGAUAAGCUGAUCGCUUGAGCGGGAGAUCUUGUUGAAGAGGGCUUGGGCCAUUCAUACCAAAUGGCGCCACGCACGAUGAUGCACACGCAUCAAAGAUUUUCAGUAUUCACUUUUUGGCGUUGGCUGGGUCGAAAGAAGUUACGUAUAUCGAAUUCUGCCUCGCUGCUUCGGCUCUGAGGUGCUGCACUAUUGGACGAGCUCGUAGAUGGACUCUGGAGGGCAGCGCUUCUAGCCCAUUCCCUUACCUCCUUACGCGUUGAUAAAGAUAGCAUGUAACAACUACACUAAUUCACUUUGGAAGAGCACCGAUUCACGUGGUG